AUGUUACCGGAGUUUUCUCUGAAUUUGCUCCUGGUGGGAAUAGAAACGCCCGGAGGAUCGGGCGGUGGAGUCAAUAUAGGCGUCUUGGUGGGAUCCAUUACAGGCGGAUUGGUUGUGAUGGGAUUAUUAGCCUCGUGGAUUGUGGUUAGAAGAAUGAAAAAGAAGAAUCCGGCUAGUUCAACUCUUGACAGAGAAAGCUUCAGCGGGGAACUAGCAGCCAUGCAAACCGCGCCUCAAUGGUACUCUUACAAGGAACUUGCCACUGCCACCAACAAUUUCAGUGAAGCAGAGCUUUUGGGAACCGGCGGGUUCGGGAGCAUCUACAGAGGAAACCUUAACGCCGGAAGCAACGAACAGGUAAAGCUGGUGGCCGUGAAGAAAAUCUCCGCCGGCUCAAGACAGGGGGAAAGGGAAUUCAUCUCAGAAAUCAUCACGAUCGGCCGCCUACGCCACCGGCACCUGGUGAACCUUCACGUGUGGUGCCACGAGCGUGACGAGCUUCUCCUGGUCUACGAUUUCAUGCCCAACGGAAGCCUCGACAAAUUUCUCUACGACAGAGGUGUGGACACGCCCUUGAUUUGGCUGCGGCGCCACAGGAUUUUGUGCGGCCUUGCUUUGGCUCUACUGUACCUGCACGAAGAAUGGGAGCAGCGGGUCGUUCACAGGGACGUGAAGCCCAGCAAUGUGAUGCUCGACGGGGAAUUCAAUGCCCGACUGGGGGACUUCGGCCUCGCUAGGCUUAUCGUGCACGACGAUUCUAGUCCUGCUGUGACGACCAUGUUGGCGGGUACACCCGGAUAUAUGGCACCCGAGUGCAUCUACAUUGGUAAGGCCACCACAGAGUCGAACGUCUUCAGUUUUGGGAUCGUGCUGUUGGAGAUGGUUACGGGUAGGCGGGUGGUGGAGCGCAAUUCUUUGUUGGCUGAAGGGAAUUUGGUGGUCUGGGUUUGGGGGCUCUACAGCCAGGAUAGUGUUUUGGAGUGUGUGGAUCCCAAAUUGGAUGAGUCUGAUUAUGAUGUAGAGGAGAUACGAAGGGUGUUGAUCUUGGGUGUAGCGUGCUCGCAUCCUGAUCCACAGUUACGCCCUUCUAUCAGACAAGCCAUUCAAGUGCUUAUAAACCCUAAUGAAGAACUGUCGCAGCUGCCUUCCACCAGGCCACUGGCGAUCUAUGUUGUUUUGCCAUCGGUUGGAGCUGUGUUUUCUCAGUCCACCUCAUCUUCGAAUAUGGGUGGAGGUGCCGCAUCGUCUAGUCUAGUGGCAGAAAGUAGCGAAGGAUCCAUUACUACUUCGAUUAAGCACGGUGGGUAG